AUGGCGGAGGAAAAUGGACGCAUUUCAUAUACGAUUUGGACUUCAUGGCAUAAGAUCAAUGGAGAGAAGGUCGGCGGUCCUUCCCCGGUUGAGUUAAAUGCCAGUGAUGAUGGCGAAACCACGUUCAAUGGUAUUGAGCGUCCAAACAGGGUCUAUCGACAUAAUCGACUUAGAUUUCAUAAGAUGAUGUCCGAUCAAGCGGAGAGAAUUGGUAUCUUUGUCGAGUACGGAAAACGCGCAGUUGAAUAUCAUGAAGAUGCUGCAAGUCAAAAGGCCGGUGUGGUCCUCGAAAAUGAGGAAAUAAUUGAAGCCGAUUUAAUCAUCGCUGCCGAUGGAAUUGGAAGUAAGUCUUCAAUCAUUACAAUGGGCAAAGAGGUUCGAGCCAGGUCAUCCGGGACCUCGAUUUAUCGAGGAACUAUCCCUAUCGAGGUAGUUCAGGCCGACUCUCUCAUGUCUGAGAGAUUUUCUGGUGUGGAAAAUGGGAUAGCUCUUGUGGAGCUUUGGCAGGGGUAUGUGAUUCUUUUCUCGGGGGAGAAUUCAUCUAAUUACUAUAUAGACAUCCGGAAUAUCACUGCCUGUGGGAAAGAACAUCCGAUCAUCUGUCUUGGGCUUUUGUUCAUCCAGUAA